CUCCCCUUCCCCCGACAGCGUAGCCGGGGCUCGGGCUCGCUCCCUCCCCCGUGCCCUCCCCUGGAGCCGCCGCCGCCUCCGCCGCCGCACACACGGAGACAUGUACCCGGGAGCCCCCUCCGCCGGACCCGUGCUCACACCUCCUCCCCCAUUGCCACCACCAAUACAGGGAUAUGCCUUUAAACCUCCUCCUCGACCAGAUUUUGGCACUUCUGGGAGAACAAUCAAACUGCAGGCCAACUUCUUUGAAAUGGACAUUCCUAAAAUAGAUAUCUACCAUUAUGAAUUGGAUAUAAAGCCAGAAAAAUGUCCUAGAAGAGUUAACAGAGAAAUAGUGGAGCAUAUGGUUCAGCACUUUAAAACCCAGAUUUUUGGGGAUCGCAAACCAGUGUUUGAUGGAAGAAAAAACCUUUAUACAGCCAUGCCACUUCCCAUUGGGAGAGAUAAACAGGUGGAGCUGGAGGUCACGCUGCCAGGAGAAGGAAAGGACAGAAUAUUUAAGGUGGCCAUCAAGUGGAUGUCCUGUGUGAGCUUGCAGGCUUUGCAUGAUGCUCUCUCUGGCCGCCUGCCCAGCGUCCCGUUUGAGACCAUCCAGGCCCUGGAUGUGGUCAUGAGGCACUUGCCUUCCAUGAGGUAUACUCCUGUUGGGAGAUCUUUCUUUACAGCAUCAGAAGGGUGCUCAAAUCCUUUGGGUGGUGGCAGAGAAGUUUGGUUUGGCUUCCAUCAGUCAGUCAGACCUUCAUUAUGGAAAAUGAUGCUAAAUAUUGAUGUGUCUGCAACUGCAUUUUACAAAGCACAGCCAGUUAUUGAGUUUGUCUGUGAAGUUCUGGACUUCAAAAGUAUUGAAGAACAACAAAAACCUCUGACAGAUUCCCAAAGGGUAAAGUUUACCAAAGAAAUAAAAGGUCUGAAGGUGGAGAUAACACACUGUGGACAAAUGAAAAGGAAGUACAGAGUGUGCAAUGUCACCAGACGACCAGCAAGUCACCAAACAUUCCCACUUCAGCAGGAGAAUGGACAAACAGUUGAAUGCACUGUAGCUCAGUAUUUUAAGGACAGGCAUAAAUUAGUUUUACGCUACCCUCACCUUCCAUGUUUACAAGUUGGACAGGAGCAGAAACACACAUACCUUCCUCUGGAGGUGUGCAACAUAGUGGCAGGACAAAGAUGCAUAAAGAAACUCACUGACAAUCAGACUUCCACUAUGAUUCGAGCCACUGCCAGAUCAGCCCCGGACCGGCAGGAAGAGAUCAGCAAAUUGAUGCGGAGCGCCAGUUUCAACACAGACCCUUACGUCCGAGAGUUUGGGAUCAUGGUCAAGGAUGAGAUGACAGACGUGACUGGCAGAGUCCUUCAGCCUCCCUCAAUCCUCUACGGAGGCAGGAAUAAAGCAAUUGCUACACCAGUGCAAGGUGUCUGGGACAUGAGGAAUAAACAAUUUCACACUGGAAUUGAAAUAAAGGUUUGGGCAAUUGCCUGCUUUGCUCCCCAGCGCCAGUGCACUGAAGUUCAUCUUAAGUCCUUCACAGAACAGCUGAGGAAGAUUUCCAGGGAUGCUGGAAUGCCAAUCCAGGGGCAGCCCUGCUUCUGUAAAUACGCCCAGGGAGCCGACAGCGUGGAGCCCAUGUUCAGACACCUCAAGAACACUUACACUGGGCUGCAGCUUGUCGUGGUCAUUUUGCCAGGAAAAACACCAGUCUAUGCGGAGGUGAAGCGCGUUGGUGACACGGUGCUGGGAAUGGCCACUCAGUGUGUGCAGAUGAAAAACGUCCAAAGAACAACACCACAAACUCUGUCCAACCUUUGCUUAAAAAUAAAUGUCAAAUUAGGAGGUGUAAAUAACAUUCUAUUGCCACAGGGAAGACCCCCAGUAUUCCAACAGCCUGUCAUAUUCCUUGGUGCAGAUGUAACUCACCCACCAGCUGGGGAUGGGAAAAAGCCUUCCAUUGCUGCAGUUGUGGGCAGCAUGGAUGCUCAUCCCAACCGUUACUGUGCCACUGUGCGGGUGCAGCAGCACCGCCAGGAGAUCAUCCAGGACUUGGCUGCCAUGGUCAGGGAGCUGCUGAUCCAGUUCUACAAAUCCACCAGGUUCAAACCAACCCGAAUCAUCUUCUACAGGGAUGGUGUUUCUGAGGGGCAGUUCCAACAGGUCCUCCACCACGAGCUGCUGGCUAUCAGGGAGGCUUGCAUUAAACUGGAGAAGGAUUAUCAGCCUGGCAUCACAUUUAUAGUGGUGCAGAAAAGGCACCACACCAGACUCUUCUGCACGGAUAAAAACGAACGGGUUGGAAAAAGUGGAAACAUUCCAGCUGGUACCACAGUGGACACAAAAAUCACCCACCCCUCAGAGUUUGACUUCUACCUGUGUAGUCAUGCUGGGAUUCAGGGAACAAGCAGACCCUCUCACUACCACGUGCUGUGGGAUGACAAUCGCUUCUCGUCGGACGAGCUGCAGAUCCUCACCUACCAGCUGUGCCACACCUACGUGCGCUGCACGCGCUCCGUCUCCAUCCCUGCCCCGGCCUACUACGCUCACCUGGUGGCCUUCAGAGCCAGGUACCAUCUGGUGGAUAAAGAACACGAUAGUGCUGAAGGAAGCCACACUUCUGGCCAGAGCAAUGGCAGAGACCACCAAGCACUUGCUAAGGCAGUCCAGGUGCACCAGGACACGCUGCGCACGAUGUACUUUGCUUGACACGUUCUCAUGUUCAGCGGCUCCGGACAAGGCAGAGUUGGAUUCACACCAGACCAGCUGCACUUAGACCAACAGAUGCCCCACCCCAGGGACAGCCAGCAAUGAGUGAUGCAUCUUUAUUCCUUUCUUUCCCAUUUGCAAGGAAGCCUUCCGUCCAGAAUUUCAGACUUGAUCACAAACUGCAUUCUUGUACCAAACCCCACUGUUGUCGGAAAUGUGGUUUGCCAAAAAUCUCUGAGCUGCUUGGUGUAAAACAGACCCAGUUUUUAUAAUUAAAUCAAGAGCUGCAAUCUCAGGGCUUAGGGAAGAAAAACAAAAAAACCAAACCAACAACCCAACCCACAAAACUCCUCAUUCAGUUUGCUGUUCAUUGAGUUGCUUUUGAUAAUUUGGAAAGAUCUAGUUCAUACUAAGGUUUGAUGAGCUAAAACGCUGUGAAUCAGCUUUUAGUACAAAGAAAAGCAAAACGUCUUUUGAGUAUUUAUGAAGCCUUGAUUAUUCUAGAUACAUUUACAAAAUUUUUAUUUUCAAAAUAAGAGCGUGACAAAAUUCUGGUUUCUAAUUGUCUUAUAAAGAUUAUUCUCAGAUUAUUCUCUGUGUGUCUAAGGACAAAUGUAUUUUCUGAAGCUUGUCUUGAAUGUUUUUUAUUGUGCUGCAUUUUAAAAUGUUUUUCAUAGACUAAAGAUGAAUCUAAAAAAAAAAAAAAAAGAAAAAGAGUAAACCUGUAUCUAAGCUUUUAAUAGCUACAGUUAGAUUGGCAGAAGAAAAUGUGCCAUUUAAAAAAAUUUGUAAAGAUUUUUUUUAAAUCAUACUGACAGCUAACUUUAGGAUUUGUCAUACAGGACUGUGACACUUACUUUCCAAAGUCUCUAAAGAAUACGGGUCUGUGGUGAUGAAUACAGUACAAUCCUUUUUCACUGUUGUUUGAGUUAAUGUAAAUGUUAUAUAUGUUUCACAGUAUUAAUGUGAUAGACUAGAUGCUAUUAUUUAUUUUUAUUUAUUAAGGAGUGCUCAUUAUACUUCUGUUAACAUAUCAAGAAUGCUUUGAACUUAGAAAGUAAAAUCCUUUUUGUGGGGACAUUACUCUUCAAAUGCAAAAAAAAAAAAUAUGCAAUCGAUGUGGUGAGAGGAGAGAGAUGCAGCCAGUGUCUGUUGUAGCUUGGGAUUUGCAGAAAGGCUUUUUCAAUGUGCACACAACACAGCAGGUUUUACCUCUGCGGUUCAGACGCACACAAGACCAACAUCCUACAUUCAUUCAAGCACAAAACAAUUGUAUUUUAUUUAUAUGUUGAGUAGUGGUGAAGCAGGAGCUCUGCUAGAGGAGAGUGGCUCGCUGGAAGUUAGGCAGAAGUCAGAGAAUCUAUGCAGUAAAGAUAAAAAUUAGGAAACUGAAGUUUACUUAGGGAGGGAGGUGAAGCUCUCUUCAUUAUGCAUAAGAUCCGUAGGAAAUGUGAGAGUUUUGCCGUUCUCUUAGGAGAAGCAUUAACUAAAACUGAUAAUUAUGAGACAGAUGCUUCUGUUAGUUUGCACACUGGAUUCACAAAAACCAUAACACACAUGUAAACCAUUGCACUAAUGACAAUGCCACGAGCAGGUUUAGGAGAAAAUGGAAAAAGCCCAGGAAAGUUGUUUAUGCUGACUUGAUCUUGUAUGUUUUUCCAUGGGAUAACUGAAAUAAGAUGCUGAGAGGCAGGUUGGAAAACCUUCAUUCUCCUCCACUGAUGGAUUUUUGUUUUGUCUUUUCCCUUUUCUCCGAGCAGCUGCUCAGUCUCUUUGGACACUUUUACCUCUGGCCACUGGGAUGGGCAAGUAGCUUUAACCUGUGCAAAGCUCUGGGCCACAGAGCAGGUCAGCUGCAACCAGGUGGUGUUGGAUAAGCUAGAAAAUGCCCAACCUUUGCUGCAUAAAGACUUUUAGGUACAUAAUUCCAGUCCAGAUCUUCACCUUGUAGCAGUGUGUCAGUUGUCAGUGUUCUGUAGGUGAAAUGUAAAACCUGUUAAUGAAAUAAUCAUAUUUGUACUAUUCUAAUUGGGUGAUUAGGCUGCUGGCUCAGAGUAUCUUCUUGGUCAUAGUUCUAUAAAUUCAGAUUUCUGUAAAUUUGAAGCAGAUCCUAGGUAGCAUUGUCUGUCUUGCUGUGUGCCAGCGAGGUUGUACCUACCUCCCCUCAAGCCCCCCUAAGCUGCAGAUCCUCCCCGUGGUGGGUGUGUUGCACUUCUCUGUGUUUCCUUCAGAGCUUUCCUAUUUCAGUGAAGAUAUUCAUUUGGCAGAGUUUUAUAUAAGAAUUAUUUUUAUAUGAAUUCUUCUUAUCAAAUAGGAUAAAGAUCAUCCAUUUUAAGACAUCAUUUAACUUAUUUGCUGUCUGUUAUGCAGAGACCUCUUGGAUGUGAAAUUCAUCCCCCUCUUUCCAUGCAGAUCUGGGACAAUGGAAUUGUACAGGUGGUCAGAUGGGUGAGGAGGGCAGGAUCUGUCUUGACCUCAAAUCUCAUUUCUGAAGCAGCCUGUGACUGCACCGCAUCCUAUUUAAAAUGUUUCCUUUGUGAGAAAAGGAGUUUUAGGCAGGCCCUGAAUCUGAGAGUAGCUGUUGUUUGUGCAUCCUCUUGGAAUGAGCAGAAAUAAUGUAGCUUUCCUUCCCUAAGUAUGAAGAACUUGGGAUGUUUAUGUGCAUUUCAGGACAUUUUUACCUUUUACAGAUCUUUCUAAGCUUCUAAUACUGCUAAUCCUUUAUGCCUUGUGAUUUACAGAAAGACUCCACAACUGGUAAAGUUGUAAAGUAGGUCUGUAUUUAUUUGGUGAUUAAUUUCUAACCCUCAUGUUUCACGUGUGUCUCCCUCCUUUUCUCUCUCACCAGUGGUGAAUUAGUGAAUAAUUUAAAGCAUUUAAAAAAAAAAUACUGAUUAGGUAUAUACUUUGUAAAGUACAGCAUGCUAGCAGUCCAGCACCUCUCUUCCUGGGAAUAUUUUUAACAUAAAUUACAUAUUCAAGAAUGUCUCCUGCCCAAAAAAAACCUGCCACAAACACAUAAAAUCCUAGAAUUAUUUUUUAUUCUGCACCUCCCACAUGUCUGGUGCAGAACAGCAACAUCUCAGGUCAGCACAAAGCUCAAGAAGUCUCAGUCUCCCCCAGGCUGCUGGUGGAGAAGUGCCAGCUGAGGUCACAGCUCUGAGUCUGGGUCACUGUGCAGGUCAGGUCAGCAAUAACCAAAUUUGUGCCACCCUCAGGCACUUGGGGCAUUUUCCAGCCUGUGCAAAGGAGUCUCAUUGCACAGCCCCCCCCAAAACAGCAUCAGCAAGUGUGAAAUGCUGCUCUUGGGAGGUGCAAGUGCUAUCAAAAUACACAAAAUACUUGAAAGUUGUUCUUUUUUCCCCUGAUGUGCAAAAUUUAAUGCAAUGAUGAGGUUUGCUUUGGUGGUGGAGAUUUCUGCUGCAGUGGCUGAACAGAGUAACCAGUCCACUCCAUCUGUUCCAGCCCCCAGGAAAAAAACUGAGCUGAUCCUCAGGAGCAAAUGUCCUGUUGGGAAGUGCUGGAAGGAGGUGGAUUUGUCUCUGCCUUGAUGUGGCAUUUCAGACAGCCCUAUGCAAUUUAACAUGUGUGUGUGUGUGUGUGUGUAUGCACUGAUGUACAGAGUGAGGUCACUUGUUUUGUUAGAGCUCCUCAUUUUGGCUUGGCUUGCUUUAGAAUAUUUGACUUUGUGAAUUACAAUCAAUGAUCUUCCACGUUGCAGAGGCUUUGGCACAGGAAUUCCCUUGUUUCUUGAUCUGUCAGGUAACAAAUACCUUUGAUCUCCAUCCAGGCCCCCAGGCAGCAUUCCCUGAUAGUAAAAGAAAAAAGGUUGUGAAGGUUUGGCUUUAAUUCUGCCUCUCUCAAUAACUCCUGCAGCCUUUGUUGUAACAGAGUCUUGUUCUUGUUGGAUCAUUUUUAUAACAUAAGACAAGAGGUUUUUCCACAAGGAUUUUCAAAUUGAAACUUCUGGAGAGGAGGUGUGAGGAGUUUAGGGGUUUUUUUCCUGAAAAGAUUGAAGUUUCUAAGAUGCUUCUAAGUUUUUCUUUCUGACUAAAGUUGUUCAUGUAGGUGCCCAAAGGCUUUUCAUUAAAUAGCAUACUCAGUCAAAUAAGCACCUCUGGUGGCAUAAAUAACCCAUAAGGGACUUUUUUUUUUAAUAUAUAUUUUUCUCAUUAACUAAACGAAUGUAAGAAGAGUUCUCAGUAUUUUUCACACUUGAGACCAGUGUAAUUAAACUCACUUGUUUUCCUUCUACCAUAGUAUCUCUCUUUGUGUGGCUUUCCCCAUUCCUGAUACAGGGCAGUCUUUUGUUUUUUACUUCUAUAUUCCAUUUGGUCACAUGCUUCUUGAUGCACAUAUGCCAUCUUUCUUAAGGAAAACUUCAAGUAGAAGGUAAUUGCACUGAUUGUUGGGUUUUUUAAACUCCCUUUUUACUGUAAGAUUUUUUUUUUGCAUCUGCUGUAGCUGUUGGAAAAUACUGUAAAUACUGCUCUGUACAGCAAGUACUGAAAUGCUGGGGAUACCAUUCCUUGUUCUAUUUUCCAGAAUACUGCCAUAUUUUCCAGUGUUGAGGUAGGAGCUUUGCUGUUAAAUGCUGUUACACUUUGUGUGCAUUAUGGUAUCAAUCCAAGAAGGGCACAGUUGCUGUAUUACAGUGGAAAUACUUCAGGUUUGUCUGAAUUUAUAAAACAUUUCUUCCUUCUCUCUGUGCACAUUUCUCCCAGAGCACAGAGAUGCAGUUUUUCAGCUCUGUGCUCGUUGUCUGUGCAAGGUUCAAAUGCCAGUUUUGGUAUCAGUUUGAUGACUGAUGGCAUUAAUGUAAUAUUUGGAUUAUCAGAUGUAGCUCUCCCAGGUUUUCCUUGCUUGUCUGAUUCUUGUGUUGUAGAAGCAGAAUCCGUGGAUGUGGCAGAAUUUAGUGGAAUGACAGGGAUUUGGGAUCCACUUAUGAUGUCUUGCUGUCUGUCCCUGCAUGGUGUGGGAUUGGGCAGUGCAGAGGAUGUUCCAGUGCUCUGAGCUGCCCAUGGAUCUCCCAUCCAUCCAUCAGCAAUUGCCUUUUUCCUCCCAGAACCCUCAGGGAUGGGACAGAGCCCAACUCCAGCCCCCUUGGCUGAUGUUAGGAUACAAACCAGCAAGUUCUGCCUUCUUUUUCUGAGGGUUAAAGACUGGAAAGAUGCAUUUCUGAGAGGGUUUAAUCCAGAUUGUAUGGGAAGGGGGUGCUGCGUGUGCUUGGUGUGGCACAGAACCUGUUUAGUCCCAUUUAGUGUUUCAGUUGCUUUGUCAGAGUCUUUCUUUGAAGUGUUAAUUUGAAUGUAAUUGCUUGGCCAAAUCACUACAAAAGUGGGUUUCUGGGAAUCUUUAGUUACAAAGCAGGUGCAGUUCAAGGCUACCUCCUGUAUUCCUUCAUGGAAGAAUUAAUUGAAGUGAACCUCCCACUAAGCAGCCAAAAUGCUCCCAGAGGGACUGGAUUUGUGCUGGUCUGUUCCUUACUGGGAAGUGGCAGUGCCAUACUGUGAUCCUGGGUGGCUGCUCAGCCUUCCCUCUGUCUUCCAGAGGCAUCCCUGUGUAUUGAGAGGGUACUAGACCUGCCAAGUGGCACAUCUGGCACAUCUGCUUCUGGUCAGGGUCACUCCAUAGCAGCAGCUCCCUCUGUGACCUGUCCCUUCACUUGACUUUCUAUACUGUUGUUUUCCAAAUGAAAAAUGUUUCUGUACUUUACCUGUUGGCCAGAAAAUGUCAGGUUUUCUCUGCAAAUGACAUGAAGGUGCUUGAAAUAUAUUUUGAGUCUGAGGCAAAAAAUAUGUAUUGGAUUAUUUUUUUAAUGUGUUUUCUAGGUAAGGUGACAUGUGACUGUAAGAAUGAAAAUACUUUAUUCCCUGCUCAGAAAAUGAGAAACUUAAAAUGUGGGGAAAAAAACCAAACCAAAACAAAAAACAACCCAAACAUGAGUAUGUUCAUCUUGGGACUGUUUAGUGUCAGUUCUGUGCAAAGCCUUGGCCAAAACUCAACCUUGACAUCAGUGCACGUGGACUGAGGGUACUUUAAGUGACCUGAAAUGAAACUGUAGAAAACUGUGUUAAUACAUCAGAUUUUGUUUACACUUAUUCCAGACAAGCUUCCUCAUCUCAGAACAAACCACUCUGCUGACAGAAAUACCUGUUGGAGCACAGUGUGCUGAUGUGGUUUCAUAGCAGUGUUAAAGUUGAUUUUUAUUUACAAGCAACUGGGCUUUCUGCUGUGGAUUUUGGCCUGUCAGAGUGACUUUCCUGAGAUUCUGUGCUCCCUGUAAUUUCCUGCCCUUAAUCUCUGGGUCUAGACUCUGAUGAAGCUCAUCCAUGGCAGGAGGAUUGCUUAUGUCCUGACUUUCUGGAGCCCAGAUUUUGCAAGUGACUGAACAAACCAUUAUAAACCAGCUCAUUAAUAACUGAAUGUGGUAAAAUCCUGUCAGGUUGGUUCAGUUCUCAGUCAUGAUUUAACAAAGCCCCCCCAAAAGUGUGAAGUGCAGGGUAAAUGGCUCCUCUGUCAUUGGUGGGAGCAGAGUUUUGUGUUUUCCAGACAAGGCAGACCCAGGAUCUUCAGGAAGUUUGGGGAGUGAAGGAGCUCCAUGCUGGGUGCUGCUCAUGCCCCAGAGAAGAGAAACCCUGGGUACCCCGAGCCUUGGGGAAAUGAGAGAGGAAGCGAGGGGAGACAUUUCCUUCAAAAUUGCCAGUUUAAGCACUUGUUAAGGUGACAGUUUAAUUCUUAGUUUUCCUUCUGGCCUCUCUCAAGUGCCCCACAGAAAUCCUCCACCCUGCACCCAUCUGCUGGCCCCAUCCCAGAAGGGGAAGGCUGGCAGGGAGCUCCCCAAGUCGAUUUGUGGUGUUGGGAGCUCUGACUUGGUUGGGGCUGGGCCAGGGGCGCUGCUGGAUCUGGAGGGAGGAGAGGUUGGCAGGAGUUCAUUGUGGGAGUUCUGCAAGUGGCAGCACUACAAACCCACAGCACCAGAUGCAGGCUGUGGCUGCUCCUUCUUCCCACCUAAAUAUCCCCCAAAAAAGCAAUUCCUUGGGAUUUGUGUAUGCACUGCCUCAGCAGAUCCAUUGUAAACCUGCCUGAGGCUGCUCUUCCACCAGCCAACCUCCCUGAGGUUGCAUGGCAGUUCUGUAUCAAAGGGAAUACAGGGAAUGCAGUUCUGUAUCAAAGGGAAUAAUCCUUUCCACAGGGUUCUCAGGAGUGCACAGGCUUUAGUUAUAUUUUUUCCCCACAUUUUGGAUGUGCUGAACCAUGGACUUUGUUAUUUGUUUUCCUCCCUUCUUUAAGCACAACUAAACCGCUUGCUGGAACAGCUGCUCUCUGCUCAUCAGCAGGGAUUGCAGAUGCUGUCUGACCUGGGAGCAAGCCUAGGAGUUGUCCCCAAAAUAUAAAUUUUAACUUUUCUAGUCAUUUUAUUGGGGUUUUUUUGAGUGUGCUUGGCAGGCAUGAAUGGUGAACAGGUCAGCAGGCAAGCUUGGGAGUCUCUAAUCCCCUGGAUGCUGCUGUUUGUGUUUGCUGUGUUAGGUUAGAUUCCUGUCAGGAAAAAAAAAAAAAAAAAAAAGUGGACUCUUUUCUGUAUUUAUCAGCUUUUCCUGGUUUUAAAGCCAUGAAUAGAGGAAGCUUCAGUCAUGCUGGCUUUUGUGAAAUUGCACAUUUUUGCCUGAUAUGUACUUGACUCAAAGCAGAUCCUGUCUGGGCUUUAUGGGCACCCCAAAACUCAGCUGCUGGGGGUUGGAUCAGACCUCUCAUGUACCAACAUGACAUGCAGUGAAUUUUGUUUCUAGAUUUCACCAAAGUUAGUUCUGCAUCAACUGUGAGGUGCUCAAACCUGUUUUAUAGCACUGUUUCUAUGCUGUUAAAAAAUAAGGAUUUGACCCAAAGUCUGUCAUUCCCAAUAGAUUUUCUCACGAAACUUAAAGACUGAGCCCUUCAAUUGCCCAUCUCGUUUACAAAUGACAAUUUCAUAACAGCAUUUUAAAGAAAAUAAGAGGAAAAAACCCCUAAAUAAACCAUCAAAAACCAUUAAGGAAUAAGCUUUAUAUUUAUGUUGGAAAAUCAAAUUUUCAAUGAGGUGCAAUGAGGCAUUAUAUCUGGCAAAGUUCUGUGCCACCCUGAAGACUGGCACAGAACUUUCUUUCCUUCCACUUCCUUUCUGUAAUUUUUCUUUUCCUGGCCACUUCGUUUCUGUAAUUCGUUGAUAAAAUUUAGUAGAUUUUUUGGAUUUGUGUGUGUCCCUUUCUGUGUGUGUGCACACAUGUGUGACAGGACAGGGGACAGUGUAUAGGCUGUAUGUAAAAUAUACAAAAGCAGUAUUUGGCUGGAAAUAACAAGCACAAUUUCCCUGGCUUUUGCAGUAUCUUAUUGUACAAUCACAAAGAUUUCAACAUUUAGGGCAGUUGAUAAGUAAGACCCAGCCCCAGAUUUCUGUGCAGCAGAGUGGUUGACUUGAUCCUGGGAGGGCAAGAUGGAAAACAGAAUGUAUUGAUUAAUUUUUUUUUUUGCUUUAAUUUUGGUACAUUGCAAAAUUAACUGACUUUAUCUGUUAAGGUUUUAAUCUUUUAAUAAUUUCAAAAUUUCUUUAAAAAAUAUUUUUUAUAAAAUAACUGAAAAAAAAAAGAACCAAAAAUCAAUCCAGAAGCUUCAUAUUGUAAAUGUUCCCUCCAAUCCAAAUGUUUUUGUGACCAUUUAAAGUUUGUUUUUUUGGUUUUUUUUUUUUUGUUUGUUUUUUUUGAGGAAAAAAGAAAGCUAUGAUGUUAAGGUUGUUCCCAGUGGUACUAAAUGUGUGUUGAGUAGUGUUUUGUGUGUGUUGCAUCCCCGUGGAACCGUCUCGUGCUUGCAGUGUAGAAAUGAUUGGUGCUGGCUGGGUGAGAGUAGCACUUGUAAUGCAAAACCAGGCCCAGAACUGCCCUCAGCUGACUCUGCAGGGCGUCCCUGGCCCUGCAGGGUUUGCCAUGGAGGUGGUGGCAUCACUUGGCAGUGCUGGGGGACACGGGGUGGAAUUCACCCACUGCUUCUCUCGCUUUUUGCCGUAGGUGAGCACUUGUGUGACGCUGUGUGGCCGCGCCACUUUAAACUAAGCCUUAACUAAAUGAUAAAUGUGUCAGAUUCCUCUCUCAGAGUAUGCAAAAAUACUGUUUAACCACAGGAGGAUGCUCCUGUAGAGCUUCAGUGUUAGUCGUGGCAGUCUCCUGAUGUGAGCAGCAAGGCACACCUGUAGCUGUCUGUACUGUGAUGCCUCUUUGGGUGCUGGCUGUCGCGGCUCUCGGGCAUUCCUCUGGCAGCUGACCCCAAACAGGCUUUCCCAAAUCCCAGCUUUUUGUUGUCCUUGUUGUCAGACCUAUUCUCCUCCCUCCCCCUGCCAGCAAAUCUCUGCCUGAAGGAGGAUUGUGAUUUAACACUUCAUAUUUUACAUCCCAAAAAAAGCCAUUCUUGAAUUCUGUGCUUGCUUUUGGGUAGGUGCCAUUGCUUCCACUUCUUAUGACUGACAUAGGAUCCUUAAAACAUUUUAAAUAGAGGCAAAAAAAAAAAAAGAAAAAUGUUAGGGACCCAGCUUGCUUUUAUUUUAUAUUUUUUUCCAAUUUGGAUCUACCUCAUGUAACCAGUUGGGUGCUAAUUACUCAAAUUGUCAACAAGAUUUGGCAAAGAUGACCAAACUGACCCCAUCCAUGGCCCAAACCCUCGGGUUUCUUGUUCUGAAACAAUAAUCUUGGAUUUGAGUUCUAUUCUUUGUGCCUUUGUGUUUUUUUCCCCCAGUGCACAACAAUCAAAACUCAUCUUCCUGAUUAAAAACAGCAGAUGGUUUUUAACUGCGCCACAAAAAACUGAAUUUGAAAAUAUUUUUUGGUGUAGCAAGUUGUAAAAUCAAGUAUCACAGCUGACCUAGGCAAAGAAAAAUACCCAAUAAAGAAGGUUUUGGAAAUGUUUAAUCCUGACCCCAGAUCUCUACAUCUCUUUGUCUCUGUAUAUGCACAUAGCACACGACUUGGUGUGUGUAUGUGUGCAUAUAAAUAUAAAAUGAAGGGAUAAGAGUGAGGGAAUAAAACAUCAUUGACCUUUCCACAGUUUUGUAUGUAACAGUUUACAACUAUGUGUAAGUUUUUUUCUACUAUGUGAACCUUUUUUACUGAAAAAUAAUUCCUUUUUGGAAAGCUUUAAGUUGUGAUAUGCUAUCAUUUUUUGAAGUUUAAAAAAAUUUUUAAAAAAUCCACUAUUUAUCAGUACCUACUACAAAGGGGGAAUCUUUGCUGUAAAAUUGUAUUUAGUUUAAAUAUUAAAAGGAACAAAAAAAAUCUGUAUAUGGGAUUGUAAAAGUGCAUUCCAUCAUGGCAGGACUUCCCAGCUGUUUCCUAAGGCUUUCUGUUGCAGAGAGACUCGAGCAAAAGGAAAAUGCCUCUGUUCAGUGUUUUUAUAAAACUGCUCCAUCAGGUCAGACUUAAGCUAUAUUUUCUAAAGCCUAAUCAUCCUUUAAUAUGCUGCAGAUAAAUGAUCAGCAUGGUUGCACUUUCUCAGUAAUAAUGUUUGCCCUGCAGUUGGCUCGUGAUAAGGACUUUAGUUUUUUAACAAAACCAAUCGUACUUUGGGCAGAAGGUAAUAUUUAUAUAGGUACCUCAAGAUAAAAAAAAAAAUAAAAAAGAGCCUGAAUAUGCUGCAUUUUGUUUCUUUAACAUUUUUCAUGUAGCAUUUGUUUGCUUUUCUGGUUUUUUAGGAGAUGACUUAGCUACCUGUUUGCUUUGGGGGACCCCAGUAGUGUUUUUAGGCCGUUGUUUUCUCUGGAUCUCGCAGAAUGUAGUAUCCUGCCUUGGGAUCAUGCAGGAGUUUGGGGUGGGAUGUGCCCUGCAGUGUGUACACACGGGGAGGGGGACCAUGGAAAUUUGCUUUAUAGGCUUCAGAAAAGGAGGAAAAGGAUACUAUAUUCCUAAAACAGACAAUACAUGUUCCUAAUUCUUAAUUAUGGUUUGUGGGUUUUUUUUGGCUUGUUCUGCUUUCUUGACUCUUUUCUCAAGUACUAAUGUGGAAUGGAGCAGUUGAUCAAUGGGGACACACAGUGACCAAACCUGCCCCACUGCUGGGUGGUUUGGGGUGAUUCCCCAAAUCCAUGGGUUGGAGCAGGACCCUCCUGCUCUCUGCCUGCUCCCUACUGCAGGUCCACCCUCUACUCCUUCAUUUCCGAGUCAGUGAAAAUCUAAAAACGUGCAGAGAUGGGGAAUUUUUGUUGAGAACUGUUGAAGGAAGCUUCAAAGGCUGUGAAAUUGAGCAUUUAUUGUCAUGUUUUUAAGCUUAGGUGGGUCCUUUUCCAAGUUUGUUUUACAGCUUGCAAGGUAAAAUAGUUUGCACUACUUUUGCAAUAAACUCAUGAAAAACCUAACAGGUUCUGUUCUGGUUUCUUACUGUAUAUAUACAACUAAUACUAAAGAUUUAGCAUAGUGUUUUUCACCUCAAAACAUAAGACUUGUAACAAGCUCAGAAUGCUGUAAUUCCUGACAAAAUAAUGAUGUGAAUGAUAUUUUAUAAAGUUAUUUUGUAUGGUGUCGAUUUUGUUUUGCCUCAUAGUAUGUCAAUAAAAUAAAAAUCCUCAUCUUUACAAGA